AUGAAGCCGGACCUGAGCCGCCGGGGCCAAGUGCCCCACGCCCGGGACAUCCACAGCGUCUUCGUUUUGGAGGACGGUGGCGCCCUGGAGGACGGCUGGGAGGAGCCCACGGAGGAAGGCCGAAAGAAACGCUUGGAAGCCGCCAGAUGGACUGCGGCCGCUUGUGAAUUGGAAGCCUACUACUUCCGGGGCGACAUGAAGCCCCUUCUGCUCUCAGAGACGCUACAGGGGACCAAACUUCUACGAUAUGUUGAGAUCCGCGAGCCUGGCUCAGAUCUGUCAGCUGAAAGUCACUUCGAGUUUCAUGCCUUUGCAGCCCUCAGCCAGGUCAUUCUGAAGCCGAACCGUCGCACAAUUUCCAUUCUCAUGGCAGGUGAUGCCGACAGCGUGGGUGGAAACUUCACCAAGGGUGGACCAGUGGCUUUGGAGGAGGCCUUGUGCCUCCAAUCGACCCUGCAUUUGUCCCUGCGCCGCGCUGCCAAGUUGGCCGAGCUACAGGGCAUCGAGCCUUGGCAGCCUUGGGUCGUGGGAAUUGAUGGGAAUUGA